GGCUGCCUCUGAUGUUCUCAAAGUGAAACUUGAUGCUGCUCAGCAAAGACACACCUCUUCCAGGGUGUUGUGCAAAAUUCUGCAUUUUAACGUAGGACAGGAAAUAUGACAAGAGCCAGGCAGAACCCAAACAGCCGGCACUGCCGGUUAGGCCGAGGUUUGCCAGCUCCAGCGGGGAGCAAAUCAAAGGGUUUGCUUCGCUUAUCUACCCACCCGUGAUUUUCCAGUGCUUUGGGAGUUGCAAUUCCUUCGCUAACAGGUUUUAAAGGACCGGCUUUGCUGCUUCCCUCUGGAGCAGCUCCGCAGAGGGGUUUUUUUUUCCUCCCUUCUCUCUCAUGCUUUAUUUCCCGACUCCACAGUGGGAUGGGUCGGUUGCAAAAGAUUCUCAUUCCCUUUUUGGGAUUGGUUUUGGCCUUCUGGUUUUAUUCUGCGAGGGAGAAUUUCAAACCGGAGAUGCUGAAAGGGAAGCGGGUGAUUGUCACCGGAGCAAGCACUGGAAUUGGCGAGCAGAUGGCGUAUCACCUGGCACGGAUGGGAUCCCACAUUUUGAUCACAGCACGGACAGAGGCCAAGCUACAGAAAGUGGUGGAGCGGUGCCUGGAGCUGGGGGCCGCCUCGGCACGGUACGUCAGCGGCACCAUGGAGGACAUGGCCUUCGCCGAGCACGUGGUGAAGGAGGCAGAGACCUCGCUGGGAGGCCUAGACAUGCUGAUUCUUAAUCACGUCGGCACAUCGUACUUUGGUUAUUUCAAUGGGGACGUUGGGCAUGUACGAAAGCUCCUGGAGAUCAACUUCCUCAGCUACGUGGCAAUGACUACAUCUGCCCUGCCCAUGCUGAAGGAGAGCGAAGGCAGCAUCGUAGUGGUUUCAUCCAUGGCAGGUAAAGUCGGGUUUCCCUUUACGGUCCCCUACUCUGCAACUAAGUUUGCCUUGGACGGAUUUUUCAGCUCCCUGAGGCAGGAAUUCAGCAUUCAGAGCGUGAACGUUUCCAUCACGCUCUGCAUCCUUGGCUUCAUCGAUACUGAGAGCGCGCUGCGCGCCGCCGCCGAGGUGCUGCUGGUGCCGCCGGCGCCGCGGGAGGAGUGCGCGCUGGAGAUCCUGCGGGCCGGGGCCCUCCGCCGGCGGGAGCUCUACUACCGCUACGGCUCCACCCGCCUCCCGCUGCUCCUGCGGGACUGGGCCGCCGAGCUGCUGGACUACCUGGUCAGGAGCCGCUACCGCCUGGACGGCCUCAAGAGGACCUAGCGAGCCGCCCCGCGCCGCCCCCGCCCGGCUAAUUGAGGGGGUGAUUAAGGGCGGACCGCCGGCCCGGGCCGGGGUUCGCCGGUGCAACACCCUCCUCUGCCGGCGGAGACGGGCCUGGCAGGGCGCCGAGGGCUGCCG